AUGACGCUGAAGAAUUCCGUGCCCGCGGCGACCCGCGCGCGCGACGCGCUGCUCAAGCACGCCUACGCGGCGCUCUUCGACGCCGUCGUCGCGGCCUGCAACGCGUCCCUGAGCCAGGGCGACGAGGCCGAGGUCUUCGCUUCCAUCGGCCUUUUGGACAUCUUCGGCUUCGAGGCCUACGAGGGGCCGCUCAACUCUUUGGAGCAACUCCUCAUCAACUACACGAACGAGCGGCUCCAGCGCCACUUCACGGACUUCGUCUUCGAGUCGGAGAUGGCCGAGUACGCGCGGGAGAAGAUCGCCUGGGACCCCGCGGAUUUCGCCUUCGCGUCGAACGAGGCCGUCCUCUCGCUCAUCGACGGCGGCAAGAAGAGCCUGCUGGCGACGCUCGACGACGAAUGCUUAUUGCAAGCGCGCGUGUCGAAGCAGCGCGGCGACGCCGAGGACGACGACGACGACGACCGCGCGCCCGCGCUCUUGGCGCGGAAAUUGAAGGGCGCGUGCGGCGCGAGCCCGUCCUUCGCGUGCUCCACGGCCCAGGAGCGCGACGGGGCCUUCGCCGUCGCCCACUACGCGGGCACGGUGACCUACGGCGCCGGGCUUCUCGUCGCCAAAAACAUGGACGCGGUGCCCGGCGACGUCGCGGCGCUGCUGCCGCCCAAGUGCUGCUACCUCGUCGACGCCGCGCUCCGCGGCUUCGACGCGUCCGUCGCGCCGUCGCCGCUGAAGACGCCCGCGCGGAAGCGCGCGUCGACGCGGCUCGAGAUCACGACCGUCGCCGCGCGGUUCCGCGCUUCUUUAGCCGAACUUUCCCGCGACGUCGACGCGACGACGCCGCACUUCAUACGGUGUCUCAAACCGAACGACGACAACGGCGCCGACGCGCUGGACCGGCCGCGGCUCGUGGAACAGCUGCGGUAUUGCGGAGUUCUAGAAGCCGUCCGCGUCGCGCGCGCGGGCUACGCCGUGCGGCUGCCCCACGGCGCCUUCGUCGCGGCCUACAAGUGCCUC